UGUUCCCAUUGGCCGCAGCGGAGAGAGAGGAGGAGGAGACGGACGGACGGCCAGGAAUUCCUCGGCUCUCCUCAAAUUUCUUCGAACCGCGGAUCUCCAGCUCGACUCUAUCCGGAUAAAAUACUCCGACCAGCACCGCUUUUUCUUCCUGCGCGUGUUGUUUGACCGAAACGAUGUGGAGAAGCGUCGCUGUACUCCUUCUGCUGGCCGUGGCUCUCUGUAAAGCAGAGGAGCUGCAGAGCAAGGGCAAAGUUUGUGCCAAUGUGUUCUGCGGGGCCGGCAGAGAGUGCGCAGUCAACGAAAAGGGGGAACCCAGCUGCCUCUGCAUUGAGAGCUGCAAGCCCCAUAAGAGGUCAGUGUGUGGCAGCAAUGGUAAGACCUACAGGAAUCACUGCGAGCUCCACAGAGAUGCUUGUCUGAGCGGCCUGAAGAUCCAAGUGGCUCAUGAUGGACAUUGUCGGGAAAAGAAAACAGACCAAGCAGCUGCCAGCCCAGUGGUGUGCUACGCUGCUGACCGCAAUGAGCUGAGGGGUCGUGUUAUCCAGUGGCUGCAGACUGAAGUCGUCCCUGACGGCUGGUUUGCCAAGGGAUCCAACUUCUCUGAAAUCCUCCUCAAAUACUUCAAGUCAUACGACAAUGGCGAUUCUCAGCUCGACUCCUCUGAGCUGCUCAAAUUCAUCCAGCACAACGAGUCGGUUGGAGAGCUGCAGUCCUACGCGGACCAGGAGAGCAACAAGCUGCUCAGGAGCCUUUGCAUCGACGCCCUCAUUGAGCUCUCGGAUGAGAACGCUGACUGGAAGCUGAACUUUGAUGAGUUCCUCAACUGUCUGAAGCCUGGUUUCAGCCCACCAGAGAAGAAAUGCGCCCUGGAGGACGAGACAUACGAGGACGGGGCAGAGACCCAGGUUGAAUGCAACCGCUGCGUCUGCGCGUGCGGCAACUGGGUCUGCACUGCGAUGACCUGUGGUGACAAACAGGCGGCAGUGGGUGAGUCAGCAGAUGCUGAAGCAGAAAUGACAGAGGAGGAGUGGAACCUCCGCGUGGCUGAGCUCAACAAACACCAGGAAACGGUUGAGAAGAUGAAGGCCAGCACAAAAGAGGUCUGAGUGAGGACACUUAAAAAAAGAAGAGGAUGCGUGCCAUCACCCUUCUUUAAUACUUGACUUCCCUGGCAAACAAGUUUUAUCCUAGUUUUAUGUUUCCCUUAUAUGUUAAUUAUUCAUUAUUUUUGCAGUGUUUAAAUGUUUGCUGUAUCUGUUUGUUUCAAGGGCAUUCUGAAUGGAAGCAGAUCGCCUUUUGCUCAGUGCUGUUACGUUCGAUUGUAUUACUGCGCCCCUAAACUAGGGCUUUUUUUUUUAUUACUAUCUUUAUAUACUUUUUACAUUUACUACAAAAGAAAGAAGUUGCAGCUGUUUUGGGAUUUAUAUGUUUGUGCUAUUGAAGGUGGUAAAGGUAGAAACUUAAACUUGUUGAAAUGAGAGUAUCUGGUUUGAGAGUUUUUAAGAAGGUAAAGCUACUUGCUAUUUUAUUGCCGUAGAACUGCCACUGUGGCCACCGCUACAACCACUGUACUUCUUUCUUUCCUCCAAUCUUCCCUUAGUUUACUAAAAAGCAGAAAUACUGUAUGUGUAACUUUAUGCUUUCAUUAUAGUUUUUCAGCAAAAAAAAAAAAUUGUUUCUGUGUACAAUGUGUUAUUGGCUUGUGUGGGUUGAAAUCCACCCUUUAUUACCAUGUGAUGCUUGGACAAGUUUGUUUUUUUUGUUGUUGUUGCUUGAACUUUUCCCUAACUGUCUGUCUUUUUUUGCGACGAGCUGCACCUCAAGGAGACCUGAUCUGAGUGUUACAUGGUGAGAACUGAAACCAAAGCCGUGAAGAAGUGUUUUGAUGAACGAUGUACAAAGUUAUCCAGGUAAAACGUUACUCUGGACCCAGCAACAACACUAUACCUGUGCUUUCAAAAUCACUAACAGAAGGACUAGCCUCAGCUGAAGUAGCAUAGACGUACUAGUUAUCUGGGUGCAAAUAAAAUGUAUGCGUGUGUGAGUGUGUGUGUGUUGUGACCUUGGAGUAGUUGGUCUUAUUUUAUGUGUUCAUUUGUAUCUAAAUUGAGGUGUCGACCAAUACACGAGUGCCUUAGACCUGCAAACAGUAUCAGCCUCUAAAAAGAAUGAGAGUGGGCGAUGCUUAAGUUCAGCAGUAAACCACUGCUUUGUAACUCUGUCUGAUAAAUGAUUGUGUGAAUGUUGCAUUAUUAGGUGUGAGCUACAUCUUUCUAUUCCACAAAAAGUGCAGACUGUAAGGAAUGUAUGCCAAUAAAGCCCUUACACCACAA